UCCACAGCGCCCAUGGCAGAAAAUCGUAGCUUCCUUGACGCCGUGCGGGCGCGAGUGGCGGAGUGGAGCUUCUGGGGACAGGCCUUCUGGGGAAUUUGGCGCUCCAACAACGGCUCAGGGCAGAUGCCGAACCGGGAUGCGUUCCAAUUCUUCGAGAUGACAGGGGCUCUCCUCAGUAGCUUGGUCCGGAGGAAGACAAUCAAGCAGGAGCCCCAGGGUGCCAUUGCCGCGCAGGCUCUCAAUCCGGGAUUCCCACACCAGAACGAGGGGUGGAUGCUGAAAGGAGCCUCCAACGCCCAUGAUGCUGCCCCUUUCACAUCCGACCCUCGUCCGACAGUGAGUCGUGCUUGA